AAACUCCAGAAGAGCUGCAGGAAGAUCUGAACGCUGAAGGUUCACAUGAGACGUAGCUCCUCAGUUUGCGCACUUUCUAGGUCCUCCACGUGAGCUGCACUGAAAAACAAAUGGGGCACCUGGAAAACUCCACAGCGUCAUCCAAACGGGUCCUGCACGCACGCUCGCCGGCGGACAAAAGCGACGGGAACGCGUACCCGUACAUCCUGAUAGUCAUGUCUUUCUACGGAAUCUUCCUCUGUGGUAUAAUGCUGGGCUACGUGCGCUCCAAAAGGCGAGAGAAGAGGAGGACCAACGUCUUCACGCGCCUCCUGCACGAGGAGGAGCAGCGCGAGUGGGGCGCGCUGCCCAAGAAGCACAGCCUCACCUUUCCCGCCGCCGUCUCGGAGCUGCGCGCGGUGCAGCUGUCCCUGCCCUUCUGCGGUAACCACGGCAACCAUUUCGGGCACCUCCCCUGCGGGGGCGCGCUGCCGUCUCCGCUGGCGUGCGCGCUGUGCGCGGAGCAGAGCAGCGUCAGCUCGCUGUGCUCGUCCGCUGACACGCGCGUCACCAUAGAGGAGGAAUCGGACAGCGGCGCGGCGGAGGAGGGAUCGGAGGAGACCGUGAAGGGACGGUUCGGGAACGGCGCGGAUGAUUCCGGCUGAAUGUGUUAUCCUCCACGGCCAAAAAGAGGAGAAACAUCACCCGCAGAGGAAACCGGUGGCGCAAACAGAGGCGCAAACAGUCCAACCACCAGCAACGCGUAAAUCAUCAGCUUGCCUUAAAAAACAAAAAAAAAAGAAGCCCCAAAUCCUCCAUGAUAUGAUAUCCAUAAAGGGCUGGGACAAGUCAAACAACCUCUGUGAGAUGUAUUAGACCGUAGAGAGCACAUGCUGACAGUUUAGUGUGUGUGUGUGUGGGGGG